AUGGAGAGCAUCACACAGUGGGACCCAAGCAGGGUUCAUCAGUGGAUGUGUUCCAUCGGAUUCCCAAACUACGAAAAGCAAAUCAAAGAUAAUGGCAUCUCUGGCGACUUGCUAAUUCACCUUGAUCACGCUGCGCUGAAGGAUUUGUCCAUCUGGGAGGUGGGGAAGAGACUUCUUAUCCUCAAGGCCAUCUACCAACUCAAGAUCUCCUACGGCAUCUCGCUCGAGGCCGGCGACUAUGUCCCUCCAAGAAAGGCUAUGGGAUCUCCUGGAGUGGAUGGUGCUGGGGCUAUCAAGGUAUACGGCCAGAAGCCGUCAACACGGGACCCAGUGGAUGCUUUUAAGAGCUUCAGAAUCUCUCAGGACGACCCUUGUCACAAGGUGUUACCCGCUGCCCUGAAGAAGUACAAGAUCAACGAUGACUGGCGCCAAUACGCUCUCUUUAUUUGCUAUGGCAACACAGAGCGCAUUUUGACGUACAAUGACAAACCAUUGCUUUUGAUGAAGCAACUCAAGGAAAAGAAGGAGAACCCGGUGUUCAUGUUGAAGCAUAUCAAGCAGAUGAAGUCGCCAGCCGCCAGCGCACCCUCACCACCCAGCUCGCACCCACCACGAAAGAGCUCGGACUUUUUGAACAAGGAGCUUCCCUUGCCACCAGAGGCUAUGUCAGCUUCGUCGGCAAUAGGCGGGUCAAGUAGUAACUCGCUGUCGCCCACAGGAGGAGGAUUGAGUGCUUAUACCAAUGGACACCACUCUUCGCUUGCUCGAUCAGGAACCUCCGCCUCUAUGCGUACCUCCAGCAAAACCGCCGCCACAGCUACAUCGGCAUCGACAUCGUUGAAUCAGACGACGACGACUUCCAAUGGAUCAUCAACGGGAAGUAAUCAUUUGAAGUCAGAAUCAGCCCUUGGAGCAGCUGUGGGACCCAAGCCCGAAAACUAUGUACAGGAAACUGUCGAGGCGUCAGGAAUGGCUGUGGCAUUGUACGAAUGGGAGGCCAAGCGAGACGACGAGCUGAACGUCAAAGUCGGCGACGUGUUCAAGAUCAAGAGUAAAGGACACGGAUGGUGGGUUGUGCAACGUGAUGAGGAGAUUGGAUGGAUCCCAGCCAGUAUCCUGUCUGAGAGCUCGUCCGAGGACGGAUACUUUUCUGCGGAGGGAGUGGCCAUCUUUGACUUUGCCAAGACUGGACCAAACGAGCUCAGUAUCAAAACCGGCGACAAACUCAAAAUUUUUCGACGACACCAACACUGGCUGUUGGCGACGUGCGAUGGACAGCGUGGAUGGGUUCCAAGUUGGUUCGUCAACCUGGACUCGCAACAAUAG